UCUAGCACCCAGCAGUAGCACAGUAUCCAUGAGCCACAUAUAGCACUUCAGCCACUUUGGCAUCCUUCCUGGACCUACAGAGACCGAAUCCGCUGCCUCUCGCUCAGGCAAUGGUGAUCCACAGUAGCUGCUUUGACUGUACUUCAGCGUAGAGCGACUCUUCACUCAGCCUGCUGUUUUUCCUCCUCAACCAUCGCCUCUGCUUUUUCUCGUUUGUGUGUGUGUUUCAAAACAGCCGGAUUGUCCGACGAAAAGCUGGUGCGGCAACUUUUCCCUGCAUAUUUCCCCCCCCACCAGAAUAUGUCGUUGACCAACACAAAGACGGGCUUUUCUGUAAAGGACAUUUUGGACCUUCCUGACACGAAUGACGAAGAGGGAUCUAUCACCGGAGCGGAGGAGGACACGGAGGGAUCGGAGACCGCGUCCACGACAAAAACCACUGGAGUUUUGGUGCAAAGUCCUCUAGAAAACGUUCAAAAUCUGCCUUUAAAGAACCCAUUUUAUGACAGUAGUGACAAUCCUUACACGCGAUGGCUCGCUACUACGGACAGUAUUCAAUAUUCAUUGUUUCUCCCGUUUCUUGCCGCAGUGCACGGUCUCUCCGCCAGCUCGCAGGACUCGGCCAAGUCCCCAGAGCCGUCCGCGGACGACGAAUCGCCGGACAACGACAAGGAAACCUCCAGCAGCGGCGGCAGCGACUCCGGCAAGAAGCGGAAAAGGCGCGUGCUGUUCUCCAAGGCGCAGACCUACGAGCUGGAGCGCCGCUUCAGGCAGCAGCGGUACCUGUCGGCGCCGGAGAGGGAGCACCUGGCCAGCCUGAUCCGCCUCACACCGACCCAGGUGAAGAUCUGGUUCCAGAACCACCGGUAUAAGAUGAAGAGAGCCCGGGCCGAGAAAGCUGGCAGGGGGACGCUAUUUAGGGUGCGCCGGGUCCUCACUGGGGGACAGAGCAUCUGCAGUGCAUUGUUCCGAUCGGCCGCCCCCUCUGCAUGAGAAGGACCCGAGCCUGUUAAAAACAGGAGGAGACAGAGGAGCCGCGGUUUUUCUGUGGAGCCAAAUAAAACACGCCUGCAGCACCUCCAGCUUCCGUCGUGUGGAUGUAUUAUUUCUUGAGGAUCCUGAAGAACACACAGAAGGAAAACACAGGAGGAAAUAAAAGAUUUCAAGGCUAUAGAAAUAAUCUUAUAGAUGAAAUUUCUGUAUUUUUCAUAUUUCAUAUGCUCAAUUUGAGGAAAAUAAUUGCUCCCCAAUAAAGCUCUGUAUCUGCUCAUAAUUAAUGUCCUCGUGUGUUGGGAUGAUCUGCAAAGAGUCUGCUCAUAGGUUAUGGCUUUAAGCGCCUUCCUUUCAUGCUGUGUGCAGUGUUGUGGGUCACCUGCGUGCAGACGUGGCUGAGAGGAAAAAAGUCUGAAUCUGAAUGUGAGGGAAAGCUGAGGGAGGACGGAGCCAAACUCCACCAUCACGUUUCUUUUUUCCUGAACGCUCACAGUCAGUGCAUCAUCACCUUCGCACCAGACAAAGCUGCAGGAGGCUGCGGUUCUUGAGCCGCGGCUGCACCGGGGCUUAAAGUGGUGCUGCUGCUGCUGACCGCAUGUUUGUGCAGGAGGAGGGUGCGUCAAGGUUCUUGACUUAGGUAAAUGUUGGGAUUAGGAGAAGAGCAGAGUCUGCAGACGCAUGUGGAGACUGUCGGGCUGAUCCGGCGGAGAGCUCAGACAAAAGACGGGUCUUUGCCCGUUCACUUCGGUCACCAUCACACCACCAUGUUCAGCAAACACAUCAUCUGCAUGAUGAUGAAAGCUACUCUAUUAUUAUAUUAGAAUAAAGCCAUAAAAUUAUCAUCUUAAUAUUGUUAUGUAUCAGGAAACAAGGAAACUUCCUUCACAAGUUUAUGAGCAAAAUGAUCAAUAUUCAGCAGAUCAUUUAUUCGGGGAUCGCUCCAUUUCUUCUGAACAAAGGCCGGUGUAAAAAAGCAGAUUGUUGGGAGCUGAUAUUAAUGGUCAACCAUUUGUCUUUAAGGGAAACCCGGGCUUCUGAAUCUCUCUGUUUGUUUGUGUGUAAGUAAAUGCAUUAUUAUUCAAAUAACUUCACUUCCAGGCCUGUCUCAUAAUCUAUUCAGCGCCGCACAAAGGAGGGAAUAUUUGGAAAAUGUAUGUUCUGUAAAAGAAGAGUGAGAGGCUGCGAACCUUUAAACAUGACAAGUGGAAAGCGAUUCGGUUUUGGGUUUCAGUGUCUUCAGUAUAUUUGGAUUCUGUUUCUCAUACACUCACGUUCAGCAAACUCAAAACCAAUAAAACCAGGGUCAACGCAUUUGCUAUAUUCAUGAAUAACAGUAACAGGAUUUGUGGCAUGUACAACUUGUAAAUUCCCUCAGGUUCACGAAAUAAAUGACUCUAAACCCGAAUGAAGCAAAAUGGCUGUUAAUGUCACCCAAUGUUGUCGAAUCGCGUCUCUUUCGUAUCAUGCUGCUCUCCGAAGCUUGGAGAAUGUACAUAUGGCAAAUGUGAAGCGUCCAAACAUAAAGCCCACAUUUUAACGAAGACAAAAGAAAGAAAGAAAGUUACAUUUUUUGCAUGACAAUUAAUAUUUGGAGUCUUUGUCUUCCUCCCUCCCAGAUUUCCUCUAAUAAAAGUGCUGCUUCUGUGUUAUGAUAUGCACAUUUCCCCAUGUGGUCUUAUUUGCCUUUGUCUUCUCUUUCCCAAUGUUCCACCUCAGGACUUGAAUUAUCUUGUGUAAAACCCACAGUCCGCUGCAGUCAGAUGGGCUGGAUGGGGUACAGCGCCGGCACUCGGGCUCCCAGAGUUGAGUGUUUAUGCCUUUCAUUUAAUGGAUUGUCUCAGCAUCUUCAGAGGAUGAACAUGAGGUGCUUGAGAUGCCAGCACUGCAAAUGGAUCCUGGGGCUUUGAGCUCCGAUAACGACGGGGCCGUCAUCUGUUUCAGACUUGCUUCAAUCGGCGCAUGAGACGAUGAUCAAAGAGCAACGCUGCGUUGCCUAAUUAACUUCCUGUUUAAAGAGGAUGUAAUGUAUGUGUGGCGACUUCUGCCCGUCAUGUGUUUGUGCACUUGUGGUUAUUUUACAAUGUGUUCCACUGGAUGUGAAAUAAAUGCAUAAGCUCUUAUAUGAUAUUUCUCCUACAGUAUUUCCAUAAAACAGAGCAGUGAUACAUCCCAUAAUCUGGAUGCUCUGAUGAGACUGAAGCAAUAGCCAUCAGAUGAGAAUAUGAUGGUAACUCGUGACCCCUGAGACUGUUUGUGACACGUUGCUGGUCUGGUCGAGGACAAAACCCUGCGGAGCUGCAUGUGAGAAACUAUUCUGUCGUUCCAAAUGAAAGCAUGUGCAUUUAUAUUUAUUUAUUUAUUUUUUGGAAGGGGGGGGGGGGCUCACAUCUGAAACAAGUGGCUUCAGAUCAGCUGUUGCUCCUCUUCAUGGAUCCAGGUCUUAUCACACACAGUUUCCUCUCUUGUCCAGACUGUGAAUUAAUUCAUUCUGAACCUUUUUUUUUUGUCCUGUACUUCAUUUAAACCAUUCGAUUUUUUAACACAUCUGUACAGAAAUGUCACAGUUUGUCAUUUACAAAUGUACUCUGUAAAUAAAAUGAGCCUCUGCAAUAACA